UGAAAGAAGCUUUGGGAGGAAGCUCCAUGUUGAGAUGAGAUCUCACCUUAGGAAUUGCUUAGAAUAGAAUAAAAGCGAGAUGCUUACACCAACAUACACGCACCGAGUGAGUGAUAGAGAGAUAUAACUUUCACGUCAAUCUUUCUCAGUGUCAACUAGUCUACUCUAGUCACAUAACAAUUACAAUGUAUUGCUUGAUGACAGAGAACAGACCACACCCCUCACCCAACUCUGAUAGUACCCUCUCAACCAUUUCUCCUCUCUUGUAUCGUGAAACAAAGAAAUACGCCCAACACAUUAUUCCAACCUGAAUCUUAUUGAAAAAAUGGCCAAGAGAUCAGAUUUUGCCCAGAAGCUCCUUGAUGAUCUGCGGCUAAGGAAAGAACGAAUGGCUUCUUCUCAGACUCAGAGGUCAAACCAAUCCCACCAUUUGCCUAUAGAUGCAUAUGCUUACACCAAACAAACAUACAGAGGAUCCAGACAUACAAAAGCUACUGAAAUUGUCAGUUCCAAAACUGGGGAGAUGCUGAAUAGUUCUAGCAGAAGCUACAGAUCAGUAAACAACGGACAAGUUUCCAAUCAGAUGGUUACAUAUGGAAAAGGUCAGAGCUCAAGGCAAAUGGGUGAUAUGUCCCUUGCCCUGGCUUUUGCAUUUGAGAAUGGAGGGAAACUAAGAAGGAAUGAUUCAAUUAUGGGUUUCCUUCACCAAAUUAAAAGGGGAACAUUGGAAUUCAGCAUGUCAGAAAGACAGUUAGCUUCAACUAGCAACUAUCCUAUGCAAAUAAGCGAGAUAUCCAAAGGUGCACAGAAACUAAACCAGAUAUUGAGAGCCUGUUCCAAUGGUCUUAACAUGGACUCAUAUUCAAUACAAUUUGCAAAGGAACUAUUACAAGGAGCUAUUGAUUUGGAGGAGUCCCUCAGGAUGCUAGUAGACCUGCAAAAUAAUUCACAGUUUAUGAUUACAUCGCAGAAGAAAAAUCGAAUAACACUAUUAGAGGAGGAUAAUGAUGAUGACAAUGACACAGGGAUGGAAAUGCAACUGGCACAGCCAACUUUCUCUUUCAACAAGCAUACUGCUGAGAACAUCCAACAAUUUGGAAAGGCUAUUUUCAUGCAGAGGCCAAUUACUCUUACCAGCUCUAAGGAAGGUAGAAACUCAAAUAAUGAAAACAAAAAUGUGAAGAGACAAGUUUCUCAGAAGCGAUCAACUAAAAGUAGCUCUGACAUUAAGAAUGUCAAUGCUAUUUCAGAAGGGAAAAACCAGACGGCCUCCAACCCAGAGAAGGGCAGGAUUCCAAAUGUAAUAGCCAAAUUAAUGGGGCUGGACAUCCUUCCUGACAAAGUGGAAAAGGAAUCAAAACGGGCAAUGCUCCAGAAAAGAGAAGGAACAUCUCCCAAGCAUGCUGCUAAAGGAAGCACUAAGAAGACUGAACUGAAGAGCAAAGAAACAGAUAAUUUGAUGCCUAUGAAAAACCAAAAAGUGAUAGAAGCCUUCAAAGUGCCUGCAACUCAGGGUAAAGAGAUGAUAUUCGGAGCAAAUAAAAAGUUGCUUGUCGAGAAGACCAGCUCUGAGGUGGCGGUUCGGAAUGGAAUAAUAGCACUGAAAGGAUUUGACAAACCCAGCAUAAAAGCAGACAAGCCUACUAAAAGUUCCCCUCAAAAGAACCUUACCAGAGAAAGUCAAAAGGAUGUUCAGGAGAUAGGAAGAAAACAGAAUCACCCAAAUAACAAUAACAGGGAACAGAAAGGCACAAGAAAAGGCAGAGCCAACGAUCCAAUUCCCAACAAUCAGCCGGAACAAGUGUGUGAAAGAUCACAAGUUAAUUCCUUAACUCAGGAAGACAAGGAAAUCGAUGGAAAUACUGUUCAGUGCGAAAAAAGACACACAAACACGCACGUCAUGAACAAUGAAAAGAAGCCUUGGAACAAUGUUGGAGUUCAAAAGUCAUACGUACUCUCCAAAAAUGGGCCUCAUGAAGAAAAGCAUCGCAGAGAACAGAAACUCCAGCUGAAGGAAGAACAUAUGUUGAUGAUGAGACCACAAGGAGGGAGUGAAAUGGCUUCCAAGAAUUCACCAAAAUCCCCUCAUCAAUUGAUCAAUCCUCAGAAGAAGCAGCUAUCCAUGAACCAGGUCACACUGUUUAAGAAAAGCUCUGGAGAAAAAAAUGUUGCUUCUAUGAAAUCGGAAGGCUUGUUAACUAAUCACCAUGAUCUAGUCAGAGAUGAAGCAUCCAAUGCCACAAAUGAGAAUGUAAAAGAAAGUAUCCAUAGGAAGUCAGGCCAAAUUUCCUCUCCAAGAGAUCAAGAAUUUGAACUAGCUAAGCGAAAUGGCAUCAAAACUUUGAUGGAUGAAAAACACGUCAAUAAACUGGCCAGCAAGAAAAUAAAGAAUACUAGAAAACAAAAAGUUGGCAUGCCUGGAAAGAUUGAUCAAGUGUUGACUGGAAGAAAUGGAGCCAAGCUCAUCACUAAACAAGGAAAACAACAGAUUCCCACUCCUGACAAGUUCGAAGUUUUGAAUGAAGCAGAACGUGAAAGGGUUAGCAUGCUCAGAGAAACAGAUGCGCACAUCAUUAACUCCAAUGAACCAGUAUCUGUGGCUGUGACUGAACCAUUGGAUAUGAGGCACCAACCUUGUAAAGAAGCUGAACUGCCUCCUACAUUAUCCAGUUCUGUUGGUGGAGAACUUCAAAGCCAACAAGAAUUGGUAGCAAUAGUUCCCAAUGAUUUGUAUUGCCAAGAUGUGCAAUCAUUGCAAGAUGAAGCUGUUCCUGUGGCAGCAGAUGAAGGAUCCGUAACUGGUGAAGUCGCAUUACAUAAAACAAAUGGACUUGAUGAAGAGAGAUUGUGUGUUAACAACUCAAACCUGAAUAUUUCGGAAAAAAGCAUCCAACAGCCACUAACAGAAAGUGAAAACUGCCUCAAGUGGAUUCUGGUCAUGAGUCAACUAUUCGUCAACACUGCAGAAGCACUUUUCAAACUCAACAUCCCGUUUAACGUUCUUCAAGGUGGUGGUCGGGAGAAUCAAGACGAAGGUAGCAAACUCAUAUUAGAUUGUGGGUAUGAAGUGAUGAAAAGAAAGGGGAUACGGCAGGAACUCAAAGUUCAUAGUUAUUCAAGGAUAUCAAUGGGAAGCAUGAACAUAAUAUCCUUAGAUGACUUAGUUAGGCAGCUGAAUGAAGACAUGGAGAAGCUUAAGUUGUAUGGAAGGAAAAAAAGUUGCCAAGCCGAUGAUGUUGAGGACUACCAGUCUAAAAUGCUUGAACAUGAUGUUUAUGAUAGAGAUCCAGACAUGAACUGCAUGUGGGAUUUAGGUUGGAAUGAUGAGACAGUUGCGUUUAUCGAGAAAUAUGAUGUUAUAAGGGAUACAGAAAAGCAUAUCCUUAGUGUUCUUCUGGAUGAGAUCACCGUAGAUUUUUGCAUGUGACAACACUGCUAGCUGCUGUAAGGAAGGGGGACACCGAGCCAAGUUUAAUUUUUCAUGCAUGUGUAAUUUAUAAGGAUAAGGAUUUGAUUACUGCAAGUUUUCAUUUAGAAAUUCAUUCUGUUUUUUCGAAUCAGUUUAGUGUGGUUCACAAAAUCAAAUCAAAGCAUGUCUUAUUUUGUUUUCCCUGUUCACUCCUUCCCUCUCUCUUUCUUGAAUUGACCCACACAAACCAAAACAUAGCGGCAGAAGCUACAAAAUGUGUAAUCAUUCCUGAAAUUGAAUUUUUUAAUUCCUUA